GACUAAUAUUGAUGUUUACAAUGCUGACGUCAACAUGAUGUACGUACCAUCAUCAAUGGAAAAGCUGAAAUAUCAUCAGCCAAUUGCAAUGACACUGUACAUGAGACUAAAUGUAACUUUAAAGAAUGCUAUGCAUGCGCAUGCAGGCAACACUGAUGAUGACUGCAGACAUCAGCUUAGACAAAGUUUUGCAACACUCGAUAAUAAUAAUGCACUUGUCAUAUGACACGGGCAUGUAAAUAUUUCCAAUCCAACAGGCGUCGCCUUCUCAAAUCCACACUCUGGCAGAUAGUCAAAUUUGGAUGCAUCCCUCAGAGGCUGACAUAGAAAAGUGCACUUGCACCAUGACAAGAAGCUGCAGAGAUCACCGCGACUUUGUAAGUCACCAAUACGAGUGCCAUUGCCCCUGCUAUAAUGGCACAGAAUGUUCAUGCAACUUGUCCAGUACAAAGUUCUUGAGAAUCUUCACCAAAUAUGCCUCUCUUGCAAGUAUCGUACUCUCUCUGAUUGCACACUCACUCCUUGCGCUCUCUCUCUCAUACAAAACCUCCCUUGAGCUGGCGAGCAACAAGCUACAAUUCAUCCUGUUUCACACCUUUGCAGGCACACAAUGUGCGCAAGAUUGGAGCAACGCUUGGUGUCCUGUAAAGCGCUGCUCUAAGAGACAGCCAUCACUGGAAGUAUCACGCCCAUCUGUACAACCAGUAGACCUUCAGUCGGU